AUGUCAUCGGUCUCUGCUGAUUCACUUCUGGAAACUCUUAAGAAAAAACUUUUGCAGUUCAAAACAAAUGUUAAUGCUCUUAAUUUAGAAUAUGAACGUAAACAGGAGCUCUUGAAAGAAGAACGAGAUAAACGCGAUAAGGCUGAGGCUGAAGUAGCUGCUCUUCAGAGGCGCAUUCGACUUCUUGAGGAUGAUCUCGAGACCACCGAGAGUCGUCUUAACGACGCUACUAUUAAGCUAGAGGAAGCUAGCAAAGCCGCUGAUGAGAGUGAACGUUUUCGACGUGCCUUGCAAUCACGUCAGGUCACUGACGAUAGUCGCAUUGAAGAGUUGCAACAACGCAUCCAGAAAACUGCCAAAGAGGCUACUGAAGCUGAACGUAAAUAUCAAGAGUAUAGUGGCUGCAAAGUGCUCGAGAACCGAACUGUUGCUGAUGAGGAGCGUAUCUCAUCUUUGCAGGAACAGCUCAAAGAAUUCACCUUCAUGGCUGAGGAUGCUGACAGAAAAUAUGAUGAGGCUACCCAGAAAUUGGCUACAGCUGAGGAUGCCCUUUCGACAGCUGAAAAACGUGUCGAAGCUGCUGAGGAGCGAAUCCGGUCUAUGGAACAUGCUUUGCGCGCAAUUACAACUAAUCUGAAGACCAUGGAACUCAGUGAAUCCACGUGGUUUGAUUGGCAAUGCAGGAAAAUUUUGGACCUUGAGGAUGAACUUCGUAUUGUUGGUAACAACAUGAAGUCCCUUGAAAUCUCCGAGCAGGAGGCCGCCCAAAGAGAAGAGGCCUAUGAGGAGAAUAUUCGUGAUCUUACUGAGCGACUCAAGGCUGCUUCGAAACAAAAGCAAACCUAUCAGGCUACUCUUGAGAAGUUGACUAAGCAACUGGCGGAGGCUGAUGACCGUGCACAAGAUGCCGAACGCCUUGUCCAUACUCUUCAAGUCGAAGUAGACCGCCUGGAGGUUUGUGUGCAUGUAUCCAUUAUAUUGCAUGUUUCUUUUCCCUCAAACCAACCACAACCAAUUAAGGCUGAGAAGCGCACCGAACGAGCCGAGGAGGAGAUGGCCAGAAGACAAGAAGAACUGAUACGUCUUGAAGCUGAAUUGGAUGCGGAGAAGACACUAAAUGCAAGUCUUCGCGAGGAUAUGGAAAACAUUGUGGCGGAACUGCAGAAUCUCUAA